GCCAAGUAGCUUUAUUCCCCUCUAUUAAAAAUCGAAUCUCAUUCUCCAUUUUUCCUCCCCCUUCCCCUCUCUCUCUCUCUCGCUCUCGCUCACUCACACCUCAGCUAAUCUUUGUGUUCUUCUUUCAAAACUCUUAAUCACAAUGAGCUUCUUCAUCGAAGAUUCUGGUCUCAUAGUCACUCAGCUUCUCUACAAAAUGGCUGUUCUCAUCACCGUCCUCAGAUGGAUCCUCGCAUGGAUCUUACGCUACCGAUCCAGAUCUAGAUCCACCGUUUCUUCUUCCUCCUCCUCCUCCUCUUGUCCGGCGAUUUCUUCGCAAGCGAUCAAAGAGAGCCUCUCCGUGACGACGUUCCGUGACGCCUCCGAGAGAUCUCCGGCGAUGAUCAGCGAUACAUGCGCUGUGUGUCUCGGAGAUCUGGAAGAUGGAGAUGAGGUUAGAGAACUGAGGAACUGUAGCCAUAUGUUUCACCGUGAGUGUAUCGACCGGUGGUUGGAUUACGAAUGUUGCGGAGGAGAUGAGAACAACGAAGGUGAGGAGGAUAACCACCGGACGUGUCCUCUUUGUAGAACUCCGCUUCUUCCUGCUAAUACGACGUCGUGUGGUGAUUGGCCGGCUAAGAACGAACCUAGCUGGGCUGUUGAACGCCUUCUUUACCUCUUCGGAGAUGAUCUUCUCGUCUGAUUUUUCAAAUUUCUUUUUUUUUUCUUUUGUUCCAAAUUUUUAUUUGAUUUUAUUUUAUUUUAGUGGGAUCGGUUGAUCGAUAGAAAAUUACAUAGUGGUCAAUUUUGUAAAUUGGGGGAUUUAAUGGUUUAUUCUAGGAAAUAUAAUAAAGGUUAUAUCAGUUUUUUUCUGAUUUCA